AUGGGUAUUGACCGAACUGAUAUUCCCGAGGAACUCAAAAGUGACAAAACUGUUACAUCGUAUAUUCAAAGGGCAGCCGAGCUUAAUGAGAUCGAGCCCGUGAUAAGUUUUUAUUGCAAGAUAUUAGUUCUUCAGCAUAUACUAGACAAGAAAUUGCACUUGCAAAGCAAAGCAAACGAAGGAUUAACAAUCAAGCUCUUGGAAGAUACGGAGGCGACAAAGAAUAGCGAAGAGGAUGAGAACUUGAAUACAGUGUUGAAGGAUAAGAAUUUGUCUUUUGGAGUAGUUUUGAAAUUUGUUUAUGAGUUGUUCAAUUCUUGUCUUGCUGGGUUAAAUCACUAUACAGCAGAACAGAAAGCGCCACUUUUGGCCAAGUUUAAAGCCACGUUGGACUUUUUUGCAUUGUUUGAUAUUUUCAAGAACUCCGAGGAUACUCUUGAGUAUGCCAAGUAUACGGGAGGCAAGAUAAAUUCGUGGAGUGAAUUUGAGCAGUUGAAUAAGCAAAAAGUCAAGACAUUGAAGUACCAUAUGACCAGGCUUAUUAAGAAUGAGGUACCGACUGUAUACCUGGCUCCUAUAAACGAUGCUGAUUUAGAGAAGGAGUUGGAUGAUGAAAUUGCCAAUUUAGGCAGUGACCAAUCAUUGCCUUCAACGCAACUCAAAGAUGAGGAUAAGUUUGACGAAACAGACGAAGCGGAUAACGCAAACAAAAAGGAUGAAGGAGAGGAGGGAAAUGAAAUUGGAGCUCACGAAGGGAGUCUUGAACGACAAAAUAAGGCUAUAGAGAGCAAUGAUGAUUAUUCUACAAAGUUGCCAGCACCUCCAACACUGGACUUGUUAGGCAAUACCCAUAGUAGCAAAGACACUUUUCCAGGUGAUGGUAUUAACGACGAGCAUGAUACUGGUAUAGGUUAUGGCGAUAGUGAUGGAAAAGAGGCACAUAAUAAAGGGAAUGAACCAGCGACAAGUCUUCCUGGUGUUCCCCAUUCUCAACCUCGUGAUGACGAAGAUGAGAACCCAUUUGAACUACCAGGGGCACCAACAUACCUACCAGACCAAGAUUUGCUGAAUAUAAACAAAACCAAUGCGAUCCACGUGAUUCCACGUCCGUCAUUAGAAGAGUCACGAAGAUCUCUGAGCAAUGCAAAACCUACUCCUAGAAGGACUACUCUGGAGCAGCUGCUGGUACCUCAGAGACACCAAAAGCAUAUUACUAAGGAGAACAUUAAUGAGAUAUUGAAUAGAGAAGAAGCCAUUGCAAAGAUACAAAAGCAUACGAAAUUUGCAAAUUCCGCUUUGCAAUUUGAUGACUUGGGCGAGGCCGAGAAACAGUUGCUUGAGGGAAUCGAGUUAUUGCGCGUGUUAAGGGCACAGGAGCCAGAAGAUUAA